AUGGUGAAAACUUUAAAGACAUUCACCACCGUUAAAAGAAUACCGAUUCCCUGUUCUUACAACCCGUGGAGCUCUGGACAGCCUGUCAUGUCUGUCCCAUUCUGCCGUCACUCAUACACAAGUCCGCAAAUCUACGAAGAAUUCUUUCGGAACCACAUCACGACGAUGGACGUCAUCUCUGAUAAUUUCAACGAGUCCGGUCGUCUCAAAGAACGAUACGUCAAGUUUCGACCAUCAGAGCUCCAACGGAUCGCGGGCGAAGCCAUACAGCAAGAUUGCCCUGACAUUGCUAAGCUUGCAGAGGGGGGAUUCAACAAAGUUUUGAUUCUGCAAGCAAAAAACAACCGUGAAGUGAUUGCACGAAUUCCUACUCCUAUUGCUGGGCCGCCUCAUUACACGACUGCGAUUGAGGUAGCGACGAUGCACUUUUUGCGAAGUAUUCUCAAACUGCUGGUACCGAAGAUAUUAGCAUAUUCAACAACGUCGGAUAAUCCUGUCGGAGCAGAAUAUAUUUUCAUGGAGCGGGUGGAGGGCGAAAGUCUUGCCUCGCGGUGGCUAUCCCUCACGACCGACGAGGUGAAACAUAUCAUGACACAAAUUGCAAUUAUCGAAAGGAAAAUUUUUGAGUUCGAUUUCCCUGCCUAUGGAAGCUUAUAUCACAAAAGCGAUCUUGAAGGAGAAACUCAGAUACCAGUUGCAGAAGACUUUGUUGUCGGCCCUGUAUCUGCCCGGCAGUUUUGGCAUGAUGAACGAAGCAGAACGGAGAUUGACCGUGGACCCUGUAGGGCUUUUAUCCGCGGGGAUUCCGUAACCUCCGCCGCUCGCCGAGAGAUGGCUGUCAUUCAGCAACAUGCCAAAGUUCAGCCUCGCCAGACAUUCCUCCUACCAACCAACCACAAUAUUCAACCCUCUGAACACCUUUCGCUCCUUUCGCAAUUCCUACAGUUAUCGCCUUAUUUGAUCCCACCUGGCUCCUCCAGCGCGCCUACGUUGAGACACCCCGAUUUAAGUCUGAGCAACAUUUUAUUAGCACCUGGAUCAAGCGAAAUUAUCAGUAUAAUCGAUUGGCAAGAUGUACUGAUAUUCCCACGCUCCAUGCAAGCGGGAUAUCCAGCGUUUUGUCAGCACGACCUGUCCCAGCCUCAAAGUCUGCAGCAACCAUCACUCCCUGAUGAUUUUAGUAAGAUAGGUGCCGACGAACAGAGUCAUUACAGAGCCAUAUUUCGCUUGGAAGAGGCCAACCUUUAUUACACAGCCGUGACAGGCUUACACAACGACCAACACAUGGAUAUGCUGAGACUAUCUUACCUCGGAAUGCAGCAGUAUCUCAUUCGCCAAACAGGAUAUCCUUGGGAUGCAGACGUAAUUAAUUUGCGUGCUGCAUUAGUCGGUAUCACUACCCCAUCUGUUUGGAGCAAAAUAUCCUCAGCAGUCUGUCCAGUUGUGUUCAGCGAUGAAGAACGAGAGGCUGCGAUAGCGGAAUCGAAGGAAUGGAAUGAAUCUGAACAGCUCCUGUCCCGGGUUAGAGAGUACCUCAAUAUUGAUUUGGAAGGUGGGACCGAGCUGGAUAACUUUGAGAGAGCAAUGGAGGGUAAUCGCCAGCUUCGUAUGGAGAUGGUUAGACAAGCAGAGACGGGUGAAGAGGAAAUUUGUUGGCGUAACUGGCCGUAUAAGGACGAUGGGGAUAACAGCAUGCCGCCAUUGGGGGAAAUCUUGUAG